GUUCUCUAAUCGUUUUUUAUUAUUAUUUAUUUAUAUAUAUAUAUAUAUAUUAGCGGUGGCAACCGGGGAACAUUUUAUUUAUGGAUCGAUAACUUCUGAUUUUUUGGGGUCUAGUUUAUUUUUCCAGUGUUGAAUUUUUCUUAUUAAUGAACUUUUAUUUCCUGAGUUUUUUUAAAUGGUGCCACGAACCUUAAAAGUUUCACAUAAAUACCUCAAAUUCUUUAUGGAAAUGUCUCCUAAAUGACACAAUUCUACAUAUUACACCAUGCAUAUUUAUUAUACCAAAUCUGCAACUUUUAUUAAACUAUUAUGAAGGGGUAGAGCCUGUUUUAUUUGUAUUUAUUUUGGGUCACAGAAGAUGCUGAUCGCUGUCGACGAUUUCUCUCCCAUCCUUCGUAUAUCUACUUGAAAAAAAAGUACAUUCACAGUCAUAUUUAUGAAUUUCUCCAACCGGUGUUUAUGGUCUCCUGUUAAUAUUCGGCUUAAAGAUGAAUCCACUAUUUUAAUACAGUUUUAAUUAUUUGACUAAUGUACAAUUUCGGUAUUUAUUGUAUCUUUAAAUUGCCAAAUAAGUAUUACAUGUUGCAUAAUGAACUUGGAGGGUUAGUUCUGCAUCUGUUGGUUUAAAAACAUAAAAUAUCAGUUUUUAUCCAAGCCACAGCCUUUUAAAAACAAAACAAAUGGUAAUAAACCCCAUAGAGUAAAUUAAUUCAUAUUUUCAUUAUUGAUUGAUUUUGGAGAUUAUUUUCAAGCGGGGGUUGGGGUGGGGGGACACACUGAAGAGAAGAGUCCUCCAAAAGUAGUGAAUGUCUCCUUGUGUGUGCCUCUUUUCACUUCUCCAGUGAAAUAUCUUGAUGUCUAUACUAAAUAGAUCGGCACAAGAUGAUUUUUUGUUAGAGACGAUGAAUCCCGCCGACUUGUAUGACACUGCUGCAGUUUUUUAUUUAUGUGCGCUGUCCCUUAUCAAAUAAACCAAAGAAGAAGUAAGCGUGUUAGCAUUUAGCUCAAAGGUCCAGUUUACUGGCUCCUUCAUGUUGGCUUAGAAGUUUAAGACUUUAAAGUUCGUUUGUAUAUAUUACCUAAAUAAUGAUUUUAUGAAACUUCAGUAACAAGGGGCCUAAAAGUAACUCAUGUAUUUUACAUAUGGCAAUUUAUUAUGCCUUUAUUCUGAAAAUAGCUAGACUUUUAAGUCUUGUUUUGAACAAUGCCUCUUUAUCAAAUUUCCCAGAAUCCUCUCUUCUCUUAUCCGAGCUGACUCUCUCUCUCUCUCUCUCUCAAUCUCUCUCUCCAUCUCCAUCUGCCUAUCUUUUUUGCAUCAUGUUUUCCUUUAGCAAGCUCCUCCUUCCUUUUGUUGUGGUCCUCUGCAGUUCCCCCGGCGCACCGACAGAGGGCGACAGAGGCCCAGAGACCUGCCUGGACGCAGAGUCGGUGCUGAUCCCGAAUAAGACAAGAGAUGCCAGAUGACUUCAGAUAUGACACCCCUGCUUUAUUAAAAGUGCAACACUGUCUGACGCCUGAGGGGUGGCAGAAUGCCGGAGCAGAGCAACGACUAUCGGGUGGUGGUGUUCGGGGCGGGCGGAGUGGGGAAGAGCUCCCUGGUGCUGCGCUUCAUCAAGGGCACCUUCAGGGACACCUACAUCCCCACGGUGGAGGACACCUACCGCCAGGUGAUCAGCUGCGACAAGAGCGUGUGCACGCUGCAGAUCACCGACACCACGGGGAGCCACCAGUUCCCCGCCAUGCAGCGCCUGUCCAUCUCCAAAGGCCACGCCUUCAUCCUGGUCUACUCCAUCACCAGCAAGCAGUCGCUGGAGGAGCUGAAGCCCAUCUACCAACAGGUCUUGACCAUAAAGGGCAACGUGGAGGCCAUCCCCGUCAUGCUGGUGGGCAACAAGAGCGACGAGACCCUGCGGGAAGUGGAGACCAAGGACGGGGAGGCCCAGGCCAACCAGUGGAAGUGCGCCUUCAUGGAGACGUCGGCCAAGACCAACCACAACGUGACGGAGCUGUUCCAGGAGCUGCUGAACCUCGACAAGAAGAAGAACAUGAGCCUCAACAUCGACGGCAAGCACUCAGGGAAGCAGUCCCGCGCCGAGAGACUGAAGGGCAAAUGCAGCGUGAUGUGAAUCCACGAGGUGGAGGUGGAGGUGGAGGGGGAGGUGGAGGGGGAAGCUAAAUUAAGGGAGGGAGUCACUGGAGGCAUCACUAAAGGUCUGGAAGGCAGCCGGAAUCUCAUCGUCCACAUCCUCCUCCGUUCCACUGGUGCAGAACAUCAACUCGGCAGUUAUUUUUUGAAAAGCAUACAGAUUUUAAGUCCUUCAUCGUACAUCCACGUGCGGAAAUCUGAGGUGGGGGAGGGGGGUGGGGAUGUUCAGAGGCUGAUUAAAAUCAAGAAGAGUGCAAUCGGAGAAGAAUGAAUGCAUCACCUUUGGGACGUCAGCCGCAGUCGUAAAAGAAGCGUGGGUGUUUGGACUUUUGGACUUUUGCAUCAUCCCAGUGCCACAAAACCAGAGGAGUCUGAGGAGCUCAUCAAGACCCUGGACUGCACCACCCCACCCCCCCCCCCCUCAACCCCCACCCUCCUCCCUGAAAACAAGCUGAUGUUUUCUUAUCUUCAUCAAACAUUUAUUCUCCCGUCCAACCCUCCCCGCUCCAGCACACUCAUCCGUUGCAUACGAUAAGCCCCUCCCCCUUCCCAUAUAACAAAUAUAGAGAAACGUAAUGUCUGUGUUAGUCGAGCUCACUCAUCUGGGAGAAAAACACUAUUUGAAGAGGUGUCCGUCGAGACAGCCGGCUAUGAAGGGCCAUACAUCAGCUGUAUCCCAGAGCCACUCCUGAGCACUCUUAUGUGCAUAUACAUGGAAUAUUAUAUAUAUAUAUAUAUAUAUAUAUAAUAUUCCAUCAUUCUUCGGCGCCGUUCACGUGAAGGUUUCUCUUAUUUCGCCUUUUCUGUCUCGCUCGGUUUGCUUUGUGAUGCUCUUUUAAAGUCGCUGUAAGAGUAAAAAAAAGAAAGAAAGAAAGAAAAACAAACAAAAUGCUCUCCUUCAACAAAAAGCACACAGAAAAGAAAAAAUAAUCAAGGGAUGGAUGGAAAAUUGCUCCAUGCGGGUCAUUCAGCCAAAUUCUGUUUCCUCUGGUUGGUUUGGUCACAUUAGCUCGGCAUCCGCAAGCAGGAAGCAGAAUGGGUCACACACACACACACACACACACACACACACACACACACACACACAGCAUGCGCACAAAUGCAUUCAUGCAAGUGUAAAAAUAAUAAAAAAUGAGUAACACUGAUGACAUGAAGACGGGGCUCACUCAGCCUCAACGCCCCUCACAUUGCACUUUAUAAUCAUAAAUGCACGCACACACACACACGACUGUAACUCGUCAUGUUUUUUGCCUAUAUGUUAAUGUUUUAACACUCCACACAGAAUACACAACAUCCUCCUGGGAGCCGUUGAUAGCUCCACUAUGUAUGUCCAAAGUGCAUGAAUACACCCGUUUUCACACAGGAGCUCUAAAUAUUGUACACUGGACAGCCAAAAAAAGCACAAUACUUUUUUACCAACUUAUCUAUUUGUACAUUUCUUUGUAUUUUUCUUUGUUCUUUUUCCUUGUUUUCCUCUCCAUACGUGUAUUCCCCAGUCCCGAACACAGAAUAAAUAAUCUCAAUCACCGGUAGCUUCUGGAUAUAUAGAGAGUAGAGAGUUCUAUACGUGGCACAAUGAGACUGGUUCUGCUGCACCACCGGGUCAUGUGACGUGGGGACGAAUUCACCACGAAACGCCCACAGAAGGUCGAGGGCCAGGCUAUCCGUCUACUUUUCUCUCCGUCUCUCGGGCGGUUUUAAUCUCCAUUUGAAGUGGAGGGUGAUCCGCCCAUACGCAGACGAUACCGACACAACAACAACAGUAACAGUUAGCAUCGUGAAACGUACCCUUUACCCCGUUAAAAUGGCGGGGAUGCUCGCUCCAACUCUCUCUUCUUAUUUCUUAUUCCUUAAUAUAUAUUUUUUUCAACAAGUCGUAUAUAUUCGACGCCGUUUGUCUCGCUUCGUUUUAGAUGCCACGAGGACGGAGCGAUAUCCGUCGUGUACCCUCAACCCGAUGUGUCCUUCUAGAGGUUUUUUAGAAGUUAUAGAAGUUACUAUCAGACAGUCUUGAGCUAGAUGCGUACAGCUUUAUGAAGCACACGCUUCAUAAAUAUAUGGAGGCCAGAUUGUUUGUGCAAUCUGUUCGUCCUUGCUGACGUCUGCAGGAGGCUUGUCGUUACUCGUGUUCCCACUCGGAAUACGAUAUGGUGGUGGGGGUGGGGGGGGGACAACGAGACGGCGUGCACAACAAGCUCCGAGCGAGAGGCUGCACUAUUAAUAACGUGACGAUAUGGAGCGCAUUAACUAUAACCUAUAGGCUGCAUAAGACUGCGUGUGUGUGUGUGUGUGCGUGUGUGUGUGUGCAAUGCGUUCACACUCCCACGACAACAAACAGGCGCACGCACACACACACAACAAGCAUAUACAAAUACAAAUAGACAAACUGCAUGCUCUUAGCUACACACACGCGCACAAUACAUGCAUAUUUACAUCCACACAGGCCUUCUCAGUAGGUCAUUUUCUUCUUCUUCUUUUUUAAUGUCAAUUUGUUUCUUCUUUUUCAAAUCAAUAUUGAUGCAUUAUUUUUUAGACUUUGUCCGUCAAAAAGGGUAAACAACGGUUCUGUGAUUGUGUGUCUGCUCAAUCAAGACCAAAACAGCAGCCAAUCACACGGCUGGAAUUAAAUAACUAUAUAAAAACAAUGUCCUGCAGUUAAAUGAUGCUAUUGUGAAAAGAAGAAGGUUAAAAUAAUAUUCAAUAAUACGAAGUUUUGGGGGGAAUAUUUUACAGAUAUUUUGUUAAAUAAUGCCAUUUUAAAUGAGUUUAAUAUUAAACACUUUGGAUCUCAAUAGUAAUCUACAUUGGCAGCACUUGAUUGGAAGGGGGGCAGUCGAAGUUCACCUCACCUUGUUUGAGGUACUUCAUCUGGUCGUGUGGCUUUAAGAGCGUGCACGUCGGUGUGGGUGCACGUGUGUUCUAACAUAGCAGGAUGGGAACAUGACACUUAAACGAAGGGCAAUGGGUGAAAUGUAAAAAAAACACACACAGGCAAGGUUGUGGUCUUCUAGUCUUACUUUAUAGAUAUGUCCCAUUAACUCAUUCCUGUGCCAACGAGGGCGUGUUUACAUUCCUGUUGAGGCCCGAGGACCUGAAGGAAAUCGGUGUCACCCUUUUUACAUCUUUGCCUGAUCCACUCAGAACUCCUCACAAGCAGUUUUAUUUGAUUUAUUUGGACCGUAAAGUGGGGCAGUUUGGACCCGGUGGGCGGGGUGGUUUGGUUCUGUCUCUCUGGCCCUUCAUUCCUGCAUGGCCCCUAUUGGUGUUCCAUCCAGCAUGAGAACAAACUGUGAAUCAUCUUUGUACACGUUAAAAAUAGAUUCCUCAGCAGCAUUUACGGCUUCGGGUUUUUUUCUUCUUUUUUUCUUCUUUUUCUUUUAACAAGGACUUGUUUUAUUUAUUUUUGUGUAAAUUAUUCUAUUGUUUUUUUUGUUUAGUUUUCUCUGUUGGGACUUUUUUUUUUUUUUUUAUUUAACUUAUUAUGAUGUAUAGAUAUUUAUUCUAGCAAUAGUCUUCCUGUUAAGAUAUACUGUGCUGAUGCAUCCUCUGAAUAACUGAAAAUAACACAUAUAUAUAUAGAUGAUAAUAAUAAUCAAAUCCGCAAAAUGAUUUUCCUAAUAAAAAUGUGAACAGAG